GCUUACACAUCUUCUCCAAAACAACUCAUCCCGUUGAGUAACAAUGGCCAUCGAUAUGACCAUCAUCUUCAUGGUCUCCUCUUUCAUUCUCUCCAUCUACUACAUCUGCAACAGAAAACCCAAGAGUUCCAAGCCUCUCAACCUACCACCAGGCCCACCAAAGCUACCCAUCAUUGGAAACCUCUAUCAGAUUGGCCUAGCACUGCCGCAUCGUGCUUUCCUUGACUUGUCCAAGAAAUACGGCCCCAUAAUGAGCCUGCAACUCGGACAGAUCUCCAUGGUCGUCGUCUCGUCACCUCGGUUAGCUGAAGAAGUACUAAAAACUCACGACCUAGCCCUUGCAAGCCGCCCAUAUGCACUUCUUGCUGAUAUUCUGUUGUACGGAGGCAUUGACAUUGCUUUUGGUCGUUACAGUGAUUACUGGCGACAAAUGAAGAAGAUCGUCACCAUGGAACUCUUAAGUGUCAAAAAAGUUCAAUCCUUCAUGGGCUUUAGGGCGAUAGAGAUCGAUCGUUUCACGGAGGUGGUUCAAUCCUGCGUUGGAAAGCCUGUACACAUACGUAAAAGGGUUAUGAAAAUGAAUAAUACUGUCGUGUGCAAGUGUUUGUUUGGAAAUGAUUGCAGACAACAGGAUGUGUUGAUCGAAUUGGCGGAACAAGUGGUGGCGUUAUCCAGUGGGUAUUAUGUUGCAGACCUGUUUCCUACGUUAACUUUCCUUUCUACCAUUUCUGGGAUGAAAUCUAGGUUGACGAAGAUUCACAAGUCUCUUGAUAACAUUUUUGAUGAAAUCUUUGAGGAACGUCGAAUCAGAAGACAAACAGUUGGUCCAACAGAAGACGAUCUGAUUGAUGUUCUUUUCAACAUCAAAGAGCGUGGUGGUCUUCGGUUCCCAGUCACAGACAACAAUAUCAAGGCGAUCUUUCUGGCCCAAGCAGAAGUGAGAGAAGCAUUUAAGGGAGAGAAAACAAUCGCCGAGACUGAACUACAUAAGUUGGUUUACCUUAAACACAUAAUCAAAGAAACUUUAAGACUUCACAUUACUAUUCCACUAUUACUACCAAGGGAAUGUAGAGAGCAGGUUAAAAUUGGUGGUUAUGAUAUACCCGAAAAAAUGAAAGUCGUUGUUAAUGGCCUUGCAUGCGGAACUGAUCCUGAAUAUUGGGAUGAUGCACAAACCUUCAAACCAGAGAGAUUUGAGAACACUUCAUACGAUUUCUUUGGUACAAGCUUCGAGUAUAUCCCUUUUGGAUCAGGGAGGAGAAUUUGUCUUGGGAUUGCUUUUGGUUUGGUAUCUAUUGAGCUCACUCUUGCUAGAUUGCUAUACCACUUCAAUUGGCAACUUCCUAAUGGAUUAAGUCCUAAAGAUAUUGACAUGACUGAGAGUCAUGGAGUCACCGCAAUUAAGAAAGAUUCAUUGGAGGUUAUCCCAACUGUUUUUAUUCCGUUUUGA